AGCGGUAUAUGCCCUCUCCAUUCUGCCUGCAUUCAAUUAUCAAGCUUAGUAGCUACAGCACAGCCCGGUUUGCCAAGAUGACUGAAUUAGAGACAGCAGUGGCAAUGAUCAUUGAUGUCUUUGAUCGUUAUGCGGCUACUGAAGGCGACAAAGAUUCUCUUACCAAAGGGGAACUGAAGACCCUUGUGGAGAAAGAAUUGCCUGGGAUUCUUUCGAGUGCAAAGGAGAACGAUGCUUCAGAAGAACUCUUAAAGGAUCUUGAUCAAAAUGGCGACUCCAAGGUGGAUUUCAACGAAUUUGUUGUAUUUGCGGCAGCCCUGGCUUCCAUUGGACAUGAACGAUUCAAAAAUGUACCACCUAAGAAAUAAUAUACACAUUUUAUUAUUAUAUGUAAUCUCAUCAAUAAAUCUAUCCAACUAAUAUGUA